AUGUCCCGCUUCUCCCAUCUAGACACGGACGAGGAACGGCUCCCACACGGCAUGCAGCGCGUGGGCUACGAUGCCGACACGCAAGUUUACACAUACCAAGACGCGGACGGGAGCUACUGGGAAGGCGCGCCGGGUCAGAAGUAUGGGCAGCUGACGCAGGUAUCCGGGCCAUCGUCUGGGCUGGCCGAGGAAGCCGAACAUGAUCCCUUCAUCCCGCACUCCGCUUCAGGCGGCGGCAGUCGGCAGCAACAACAGUGGACGGAGAAGAAGCCAUGGAGGCAGGAGAUGAGACCACUUCUCAACUUCUUUGUCAUCAUCGGGCUUUUUCUGCUCGUGCUGACGUGGUGGCUGUAUCGCACGUCCGACGGAAACGAAGUCGCGCCGGAGUGCGGGCAGCAGGCUGUGCCGUACAAGAUUGAGCAGGGCAACACGUGCUGGGCGAUUGCGACGGGACAGAAGAUUAGCAUCGAGGAUCUGAUCAAGGCGAACGAAGGAUUGAACUGCGAUAAGUUGCAGGUCGGAAGCUUUAUCUGCGUGCCCACCGUUGGGGAUGCGGCAUGA